GUUCAAACAGAGGGAGACAGAGGGGGGGAAGGACCGAGAAUGGCGGCCGUGCAGUGCACCAAAUGCACGGCAGAAAGGAAAGGGUUUCGGCGGGAACUUGAUUCUUGGCGACAUAGAUUAAUACACUGCGUUGGGUUUGAAUGUAUUCUGGAGGGAAUCUAUGGUCCAAUUCUGCUGAAAGACCUCAAUUUAUUUGUUGGCUGUGAACCUGAAGAGGUGGAUGACUGGUCCCCAGAAGCGAGCCGCUCUCAAUGUUCAUUCUGUAACCUUUCACUGGACAAACUCAGUGAUCCAGUACCUGCAGCCAUGUCGCCUUCCUCCUCCCCCUCUGAUUUAUCUCCCUGUCAGGCCCUGACCAUCUCUGAGAGCAGCCAGUCAGCACACAGGUUCCUCCAAGCAGUGUUUCACAAGAAAGAUGUGUCCAUGGACUGUGAUUCGAACAUACCUCUGGUUGCCCAGGAGCUGAUGAAGAAGAUGAUACGCGAAUUUGCUGUGGAGUACGCAUCCAAGUGCUUGCUCCGCACCAAUACAAAUGGUGUAACAAGGUCCUCAUCGCCAUUGUCAGAAACAUCAGAUGCCCCUCUGGACCUCACAGUGAGCCGAAUGCUGGAAGAGAAGGAGAUUAAGCCUGAACCAGAUGGCGUGCUAGACCUAUCCAACCGGAAUUUUGCCAGCUCAGCAACUUCAUCGUCAUCUAAUCACAAAGUUUUGGGUUUCCAGCUGCCAUCAGUUACAGAAGAACUGGGAGAUCUGGGACGGCGAGGGACUAAGUUUCAUCAGAGUUCUACGUUGGACGCUGUUCUACAUUCUUUGUGCUCAGCACACCGAUCUUUACUCUACCAAAUCCUGAAGCUGGCACACCAGGAAAAAUUGCUCCAGUUUCUUAAUCACAAACAUGUCAGUCAGACUGAAUCCCACUGCUGUCACUGUGGUGUAAGCCCACUGGAUACCUUUACACCUCAUUCAGCCCCUUUUAAUGAAUGUAAAGCCUAUAACCACAGCAUGUACUGCACUUCAGCAAAUAGCAGUCGUCAAAGUCAUUGCAGUGCCGUGUACCAUCCAGGAGACUCAAAGACUGGCUGUAGCAUCCAUCAUCAUCCCUUCAGAAGCUGUAACAGUGAAGGUCAUCGGGGCUCCAGCUAUGGUUGUGUGCAGAGGCGCAGGAUGGAAAAUCUCUGCUCCAACAGACUUCCUUGUGUUUCCUGCCAAAGCUUUGCAGUGGGCCACAGAAACAGCAUAGCAAGUUCUUUUGUGCCCUCUUCAGUGGUAUCCCAAUCCCCAUCUUGUACUCACUCUUGUUCAUGUCAUCCAAACCACACCUGUCUGAGACAAGUCAAAAAUAUAGUAGAUAGAGGGGUUGGAGAUGGGGAUCAUCACUGUCCUGUCCUACAGAGGGAACAGAGCCCUUCUCCUCCCCCUCUGUCCCCCAUUCCCUCAGACAUCAGUAAGAAAACUAAUGAAAAACCACCAGCCCUCCAUCACCACAGGCAAGUGGAGAAAGCUGAACCAAUGGUUAAAUGCAUUUCUGUGAGUGGUAGCCACAUGGUAGCAGAUGUGGCUACAGCUACAGAUAACGAGCCACAGUGUAAGACCCCAGAAAAUAGUCAGGCUGAUCAAAAUCCAAGCGGGACUUUGCUGCAAGAUGUUGUGAAUCGCUUCAGUCAGAAACUGGAGACAAUCACAUCUAUAGACAGAGAACCUACUCUGCUUCCGACACCUAUCUGUGUUACUGAAAAGGAGCAACCACAGUUUCCCUCAACCAGUCAGAACCUACAGUGUCAUGCUGAUGCACAUCUGACCGAAAUCAUCACCACAGUGCUUCACACAGGCCGCGCUAGCGACUACAGUCUCAGUGAGCUGUUUAACAAACACGAUAAGAAAGAGCCUAAGUCGCCCAAUACCCGCUACCGCCGUCGCCAGGAAGUUCUGGUUGCUAUAGCAACACCUGCUGAUGAUGCAUCUACCAGAAGGCAAAGUUUACAAAUUAAACGUGAGCUUGCCAGGCUUGAUCAGUCCUACAACAGGAGAAGGGGACCUCCAACAAAGAAAGCAAGACUGAAAGAUGGAAAUCACUCUAUAACUACAUCAGGCACUUCACCAGACCCAGAUCUUGUUAAGGAGGUGUCUGAUGGAAAUCAUUCUAUAACUACAUCAGGCACUUCACCAGACCCAGAUCUUGUUAAGGAGGUGUCUAAAAGAAAAAAUGUAGUUGUAGAACCUGUAGAGAAUCAUAAAGUCCUGAAGGCAACACUGAGUAUGCUCUCAGCAGAAAGAGACAGGGAGGAAACUGAAGAAGCCAUAAAAACAGUUAUAACAGAAGAGCUGGAGGCUGUUAAAGGAGAGGAGAGUGAAAGGGAGAUAAGUGAGAAAAAACAACUUACUUUGUCAAAUACUCAAAUACAAAACCCUGAGCUACAAUGUACACAUAAAACACAAGACUUAAAAGAAGCACAGACACAGGUGAUAACAGUGAACGCAACCUCAACACAUCAGUAUGGUAGUUCCUGUAGAGAAGAUUGUAAAGGUGGCUGUGAUACGAGUCUCGUAGAAACCCCAUCAAUCCAAAGCUUUGACACAGACAACACACCUGGUAAAGAUUCCUCCAGUCCUGUUAAAGAGGGACAAAAGUGUCAGUCAGUCCAGUGCAAGGGCGUAAGAAAAUCCACAAGAAAUAUUGUCCCUCCACAGUGGAUUUUAUCCUAUGUCACAGAGCCCAGAUUGUUCAUCCCUGCAAGUAUCUCUGACAGCAUCUUCAACAGUACAGCACAAAACAACAAGGCUUUGACAUCUAGCACCUUGGACUCAUUUUCUAAAGAUGCCAACAAUGUCCAUCUUAAAUCAGAAAGUGGAACCCACCUGUCCUCACAGGAGUGCAUAGGAAAGCUUGCCUAUAAAACACCAAAAAAACAUUGUGAACUUUCUAACACAGAGAUAAAAGUUCCAUAUCAGAGCUUGUCCCAAACAACAGUCAAAGAGAGUUCUGAAAAACACAGCCCAGAAAAAAGAGCAGAUGAUAUUGACUGUGGCUUAAGUAGAAGGCUACGAUCAUCUUCAAGACUAGAGGUUCCUGAUAUGCCCAAAAACUCAUCAAAUGCUGAUGUCACUAUUAAGUCCAUCAGUGUUGAGAGCCCUUUCAGCUCCCAAAUCCAGUACACUAGUCCAAUCAAGCUCAUGUUUGUAUCACCAGUAAAGGAUAAAGGAGGAGUUAAAUAUAGUCUCAAAUCAGCAGGUUCUGGUUCUACUACACAAACAGAAGAACCUUUUGACCCCUAUGAAGAGUCUUCAUGGUCAGGAGCACCUCAGAAACACAAAAGGCAGAGCAGAAAGUGUGCAUCAGUACAAUCUGUCAUUUUACAAUGUAAAUCUGCUACCUUGUGCACUAGAUCUGCAUCUUCCCCUGUCAAGUCAGCAUUUUCACCGGCCAAGACAACUUCCUCACCGGCCAAGUCGGCGCCUUCACCAGCCAAGUCAGCUUCCUCAACGGCCAAGUCGGCUUCCUCGCCGGCCAAGUCAGCAUUUUCACCAGCCAAGACAACUUCCUCACCGGCCAAGUCGGCUUCCUCGCCGACCAAGUCGGCUUCCUCGCCGGCCAAGUCGGCUUCCUCGCCGGCCAAGUCAGCUUCCUCGCCAGCCAAGUCAACACCUUCACCGGCCAAGUCGGCUUCCUCAUCGGCCAAAUCAGCUUCCUCGCCGGCCAAGUCGGCUUCCUCACCGGCCAAGUCGGCUUCCUCGCCGGCCAAGUCAACACCUUCGCCGGCCAAAUCGGCUUCCUCGCCGGCCAAGUCGGCUUCCUCGCCGGCCAAGUCGACGCCUUUGCUGGCCAAGACAACAUCUUUUCCAAUGUCGGCGUAUUCACCACCUAAAAGUGGCUCCAGAAGAUCAAGCGACAGUACUCCAUCCAAGCGUUUAUCUGGAACUGAAAGCCAACAUUCACCAGAUGAUUUGCCAUCUCCCCAUGAAACCACUCCUCCAAAAAGACGUCCAGGCCGGCCAAAAAAGCUGGGACCACAUUUGGAGCAAAAAGUGAAGAGGCCCAUUGGUCGACCUCGUAAGCAGAAGGCUGUUGAUGCUGCAGCAUCAACAGAGACAAGAACAUUAAAUGGAAAAUGUCUUGUGGCAUCUGAUAGUGAGGACAGUGUGAACAAAAAUCUCAAAAUUACGGUAGUAUAUGGUCGUUCAAGGAGAAACAAACGAAUGGUGUCUGAGGGUUUUGACAAGCUACAGACAGACUUUAGUGAUGUUUUGCAGGGAGUGGAUCUUAAAGGUGACUUGGGCAUUUUCUUGCACCGUUCUAAGAAGAGUUCAAGUAGUAUCAAAACAGCCUCAGAAGAGAUAAACUUAGUCAGCCCUGCAAAAGAGCCUGCUCCUCAGUCAGGCGGCAACAUCAAAUUUGCGAAGCGGGAUGAAUCUGCCCCCUCAAGAAAACCAGGAAGACCUGCAAAAGUUAAAAUCUCUGGAAUAUCUGUUACAGUCACUACAGUGUCACCUCGUCAACGCAAAAUUCUGAUAAAUAAAGACAAGCAGCAAUCACCUGAAACACAUCUUCCUAAGAAAGCACUCCUGCCAGAGGUCACAUCUGCCAAAGAGCCCCGGACAAUCAGCUGUCAGUUAACAAGCAAAAGGAGUCAAAUGGAGGAGGGGUUAGAAACAAACAAGCAUAAAGAUGAACUGCCAAAUCGGUCUGUAGCAGUGCGACAUUCGAUGAGGGUAAGAAAACCCUCUAUCCACUUUCUGCAUGCGGUUGCUACUUCAGGUUUUAGAUCAUACAGCCACAGUAAUGCUCUUCUACGGCGCUCUAAGCAGCUUCUGCUAACCAAGGAAAGCAAUGAAAGGAGACAGGAAGAGCAACAGAGAAGUGUAAAAACUUCAGGAAAGAAAAGGCAGUUCUAUGGACAAGAGAGGGCAAGCAUUCCUCAAGACCUGAGCAAAGUUGCAGCAGUAUCUGUAGAGUCAAUCUUUAGCCCAAAAGAGACACUAAGGUGGUGGGCAGCAUCAGCUGAGGAGCAGACAUUGAACCAGGAGCUUGCCAGGAGAAUACGACUUAUCUCUGACACCUGGGUCACAGACACUGCUGAGACCCAAGAUGAUGAAAUUUCUCUUAACUCCACAUUAGACACUCAAGGGAGCAGUUCAUUAACUAGAAAGUCAAAAAAUUCAUCUGUGGUCAGAGCACUGUUUGACUGUUCACCUAACAAACCAAGGUCCUGUAGCAUGCAGCAGGUCUGCUCCUGGUUUAUGCAGACUACAGAGACACAAUCUCUGGCCAUUGUCAAGAAGGCAAGCUCCCGUAAUCCUUAUGAACUCAUGCACUUCCCUCGCUCUGCUAAUAAAGAAAGUGUUUGCCAUAGUCCUCAGGCAGAGCGACUCCGCAAACAUAUCAAGAAGUUUGCCAAAACUGUGCCAAAAAGCCCACUGCAACAUCAGCAAGCUCAACGACGACUGAAAAAGAAUAAAGUUAGGCGACAGCUUUUUAUUCCUAGAUUUGCAAUGCAUAAACGCAGUCGGGGAGUCCUGUGGUGGAGAUGCAACUCAUCUGGUAAAUACAAGGCAACUUUGGUCAGAGCAAGGUCAAGGUUCCUAACCCAAAAGGAAAGGAAGACACGUCAAAAGAAGCGGGGGAACAAAAAGAAAAGAAAAGUGACAUCGGUUUGCUUAAACAGAACUGUAGUAACUGGACAACGGCCAAGUCGUAAAGCAUCGCACAGGUCAGUAAAAGAUCAGUUCUCUGACUGUCUUGAGAGCAAUGCCACCUGUUCUGUUAACCGAACUCAGGAACUUGUGGAUGCACACAAAGAGCAGAAUCUCAGUUCCAAAGCCUGGAGUCCUGAAACUCUAAAAGAGUGCCGGGUGUUUCUGAGAAAGAUCAACUCUCCGGAUAGCGAGUCAGCUGAGGAGUGGGACUCCUGUACUGUGACACUGGAUGAUGGGUCACCUUCUGCAUACCUCUUUGCUGGGAAGGAGAGAGAACUGGUACAAGUUGUUGAAGCUGUGAAAAGUGAAAGAAAAAGGAGCACAAGUAACACAAGGCAGCAGACGGAUUCUGUAGUGAAAUCAGUGCAGAAGCAGGAUGCGGUGCCAGCGGGGAGGCAGAGGUGUAAAAGAAGCCCUGGGGUUGUAUCUACUGAACUACCACAACCACCACCAGCGAAAAAGUUGAGACAAUCGCGAAUGAGGGGCCUGACAGGACCGAGAUGGUGCGACUUUGUGUUUGAAAACUAAAUUAAGCACGAGGCCUCCUCCCUGGGAAAGGGACUGUGGUUGAACGCGGUGCCUUCAGACGUUGAGCUGACCACUUGGACUGACCAUCCCGCUUAGGGUCAGUCUUACACUCAGCAGUCAUGUAGCAGUCUAACUUAAAAGCUUGAUGUUGCACUAUUUUUAUCCGUUGAUACAUAUUUACUUUUUUUUUUCUUGGUCAACUUGCCUUUGUCUUUCUGUAGGAGUAGAACUCAUUUCAUCAAGGAGAGUUUUAAUGGGAGAAGUGCUUGUAAAGUGAGCUCUGUAAGAGUAGCUGUAAGGAAGGACGGCGCUCUCCUGCAUUAUCACAGUGCCACCUGAAUACACCCCCCACCUAUGAAGUUCAACUAAGCUUAAAGAAAAUCUUAAUCUAAAUUUGGUUGUUUUUCUACUUUAAGGCACUCCUGCUUAAAACCUACAAAAUUUGUCCAUUUUUAUUUAUUAAAAAUCUUACUUUAGCGCAUUUGAAAUUCUGAAUAAUUGAAUAAUUUGGUUUAAUAUUAUAGGUUAGUUAAAAUAAUACUAAAAUUUUUAAACAGUUUUAAUCUGAGCCUUUUUUGUUUUUGUUUUUGGCAACCCAGUACAUAUCUAGUAAUGAAGGAUUUUUUUUUAAGGCCAUCUUAACUCCUGUGUGUGCGCGUGUGUGUGUGUGUGUGUGUUUGGGCUCCAACUAUAUACUUACAUGUACUUCAGUAAUUGGCCAUAGUCCCCUACUACAGCUAAAUAUUUUGAGUAAUUUUCUUUUAACAUAUUUUACAUUUGCAAAUCUUGGUUCCAAAUGCUGAUCCCAAUGGUUACAUAUUCACGUCCACAAAACACAGGUGGUGUGUGUGUGUGUGAAUAAAGAAAGUGGCAUUAUGCAGUUGUAGAAGGAAAAUUAAGCUUUAUUUGUUGGUUGGUGGGAUCUGUCUGAUUUUUGCUCAACUAUCUGUAUGCAUCUCAUUUACCCACAGCAUUUACUGUAUGUCGCUGCCAGAUGUACCUCUUGCACUAUUCCAUUUGAGAUUAUUAAUCCCACUACACAGUUUACUCCUAUAUUUUGCACAUCCUGUGUCCCACUACCAACCCCUACUGUAAAUCUAGAAUCUCUUUGGUGCAAUACAAACCCAGAUGAUUUAUCAUAAUGUAGAAAUUAUUUUAUUGUUGACAGACGAAUGGAUGUACACGAGAAUCAGUGACCAGGUGUGUUAACUUCAUCUGUUUCCACAGCCAUGUUGUGAUGUUCUGAGAUUUAAACCCAUUAAGACCGAAGGCGCCUUGUAGGCUCAGGCAUAACGUUGGUUAGAGGGUACUACCGGUUUUCUCACCUGCUUUUUUUUUUCUCCUUAAAGAAGCAAAAAAAUAAGUCAUAGCAUUUAUAAAAAAAAGAGAGAUCAUAUUAGCAUUAUUUAGUUUAAAUAAAGGUAGAUUGUGUGUUAGUUUCCUUGGAGUGUUUUUUUUUUCCUUUCUUUGUUGUCUCUCCCUUUAAGUUGCAGCAGAAGAUGCCUACCUCCACUGGGACUCUGCUAAGUCUACUGCUCCUUUGCUUAUCAGCUGUGUCACAAACAAGGCCAGAGUUUUUUAAGAAACACUAAUUUGGAUUAUUAUGUUUUCCUGCCAUGUAUUAGACACCUGGUAGAUCCAAAAUAUCUGUGUUUAGGUCAGAAAUGUACCCCGUAGAAAGUUUCUGCCUGACUACCCUUGUAUAUAUGUAUGUCACUAUGGUUGCCAUGUAAACAUAAAUAAGUUGGAGAGGUUCAGUCAUGUCAGAAAUAACCAUCGGCCCUUUGUUUUUUGAAGAACCUGGUGCUAAAAAUCUGUUGUAUAUUUUCUUUAUCAUGUUUUUAUACCGUUCAUUACAGAUGCAACAGAAGUGUGACUGGAUCAAUAAAGUCUUUUCAAGUAAA